GUUAAUUUAAUUUUAUCAAAAAAAGUGGCCUUAAGUCAGGAGAAAAUAUCUCCCUUUGAGUGUGGGUUUAAUCCUAUUUCUUGUGCUCGUAUGCCCUUUAGAAUUCAAUUUUUUACUAUUAGGUUGACUUUUUUAAUUUUUGAUAUGAAAUUGCUCUUUUAUUACCUUUGGUUUAUUUAUUAGUGAAUUUUAAUCCAUACGUUAUUAUGUUCUUUUGUUUUUUUGUUUAUUUUGAUUAUUGGGUUGUACUUGGAGUAUAAUGAGUAUUCUAUGGAUUGA